GGAUGCUAACCCUCUCCCAGGUAAUCGCUGUUUUUUCUUUGCGGUUUUGAAUGUGAUGCAUUCGAGGAUUAGACUCCAAUUUUUCCAGCGAAACUGGAUGUCUCGCAGUGGUAUCAUGCUCACAAAGGGACACUGAUGACCGCGGGAUGAGCCCAUGCCUUUGUAACAUCACUUGAACUGAAAAUGGACUCCCCUGCACUUCAGUAACAUCCAGGGAAAAACCCGCUAACCAGACUGCUGGUUGUAGGGCCGUUGAACUCCACCCCUUCCGGGCCUGGGCCUCCAGCAUGUCUGACCUCCCGGGGAACCUGAGCGUGCCGUGGGGGUCCGAGUCACUGAUGGGCGUCACGAGUGGCCUCAACCUGACGGCGGCGGCCUUCGCCGGCCCGUGGGAGAGGCGGUCCCAGACUCCGCUGUGCGCCUUCUGCUGCGGCGGCCUGCUGAACCGCACGCUGGCCGUCGUGUUCAUGGUCAGCCUCUCCUUCGCCAUCGUCGCCGGCAACGUGGUCACGCUCACCGUCUUCGUACAGACACGCCUGUUCCGCACACCUCAGGGAUACCUCAAAGUAUCACUGGCCUUGGCAGACAUGAUGGUGGGCAUGCUAGUCGUGCCCUUCUCCAUCUACACUGAGGUCUCGCUGAUGGUGACCAGCACACCGCCUUCCUGGUACCAGGGCGGGUCCCUUACUUCGACGGGGGGCCUGUGGGGCCCCUGGCAGCCCUGCUGGCUGAUCGGCCCCGUGUUCGCCGGCUGCACCUUCGUCUCCAUCAGCACCAUCUUCCUGAUGACGGUGGAGCGCAGCGUGGCCGUCCUGCGGCCGCUGCACAAGGACUCGGUGGUGACGCGGCACCGGGUCCUCCUCCUCAUCCUCCUCUCCUGGGCCGGCAGCUUCCUCCUGGCCCUGGCGCCCCUCAUCCUCAGCGACAGCUUCACCCUGGAGUACAACGAGUGCAGCCGCAUGUGCAACUACGUCCCCCUGCUGGACGGGGACGGGAGCGUCCUCCUGCUCUUCCCCGCCUUCGACUUCACGCUGCUGGGCGGGACCCUGGCGGUCAACAUCCUGUCGUUCACCUCCAUCCGCCGCUACACCCGCAAGCGCAAGCUGCUGUCGGAGGGAAGCCUGGGCGUGGACGGCGGCAGCGGCGGGUGCCCGCACAGGCCCUCCUUCUCGGACAUCAAGGCGGCCAAGACCAUCGGCAUCCUGACGUUCGCCUUCACGGCCUCCUUCUCGCCCAUCGCCGUGUUCGUGCUGGGCAACGUGGUGGGCUACACCUGGUGCACUUUCUCCUUCUUCGCUUUCUGGAUCCUGACGGCCAACAGCUGCUGCAACGUCAUCAUCUACAGCGUGAGGGACCAGCGCUUCAGGAAGGGGGUGGUGCUUCUCUUCCACAGGGACUGAGCCCCGCCCCCUGGGGAGAGGAGCCAAGGCUGCGGCAGCCUGCUGCUGGUUUCAGUCCCGUCACAUUUGAUUUCAUGCACCCCGUGUCUGUAAGGCCAGCGCUACAUUGUGUGGCACUUCAGGCACCAGGCAGGCACUACUCCAGGGAUUGUUAUUACAAUAUUCAAGUGUCUUAUUGUGACAUUUGUCUUAAAAAUGAGAUUUAUUGAGACAUCAAUUUAUUUCACAUUGCUUACCUUGGGCUGCUUCCUGGUAGUGGAGAGAAACUGUACUUGUUGCUGGUGUUGAUACGGCCCGAAGGAUAUAGCUUUAUGGUCUCAGUCUGAAAUUUUUACAUGGUAUCUUGAGCAUACCUCGACCCACUAUAGUGCUUUCUGACCAUUAUUCAUUUUAUUUAUUUUAUGAUACUGUAUCUAUAUGACUUUUCCCACAAGACAAGGCUGAAUGAAAAUUUUGAAGGCUCUUUGAAGACACCUCAGUUUAAUUGGGUUAAAUAUUGAUAUUUUUCAAAGGUUGAAAAUAGCGCUGCUCGGUACAGCAGCAAUGAAGGAAUGGCUUAUUUCAGAGUAAGAUGAAACCAAAUUAUUAUAGUUAUUGAAUAGGUUAGGAUUUUACAAUUACAUUUUAUUAACUCUGGGCUGAAAUUUCUGAGGCUAUAAGAUAUCUACCUAAGUGUUAGUGCAGUUAAACUUUGAAAUCUUAACUGUUAAUCUUAUAAAUGACAAUUGUGAAGAAAAUUGGACAAAUCUAAUUUGUAUUUGUUUACGAUUAAAUUAAAAGAUACGUAUGUGCCAAUUAAAAUAAAUAAUAUACUUCAAAAAUAAUAUACUUUAGAAUUCACUGGCUGAAUGUUUUAUUGGAGAUUAUCGGCUUAACCUACGUGUUGUCCUCAGGGCCAAAUAUGACACUAUCCUGGGUUUAACAGCAAUAAAAAUAUCUGAAAUAUAAUUUUUCCAAGAUGAAAUUCCAUAAAUUUUCCUGGAGUGACCCUACCAUUGCAAAAAACAUGUUAUAUUUUUAUUAAAAAUGUUUCACCGUCAGGAUGCAGAGAUUGUACGUCACUUCGGAUAAAAGCGUUUGCUAAAUAAAUGUAAUUGUCUUAUAUGUAUUUUUUUAACCAUGCAGUAAUUAAAUCAGAAGUCAUAAUCAAAGUGCCAAAAAAGUGUCACAGAUCCAUUACAGCAACAAACAAAAAAAUCGAUUAAAAUGUAAAAACGAGUGGAGUUGCCUGAAUAAAUAGAGUCUCUCUGGACUUUGAAGUAGGAAAACAGUUAUUCACCCAUUUAUUUAUGAGUAACAGGAUUCCACAUGGAAAAAAUUGAACUGGUUUAGGGUUUACAAUUCAAUGCAGGGGCUUUAUCAUAGAGGGUCCAGUGAAGGAGGGUUAUUUUGACCCUGUAGACAUGGGGUGUCAAGACAAAGGUUGUAAACCUUAAAAGCAAAACACAUUUAGAUGAACUUAACAAUAUUGUUAACUAAAUUUCUGAAAAAUGUUCCUUUAUUUUUCGUACUUCUCAAAGCUGUGAACUUGGACUUAAUGUGUGUUCUGAGUCGAUACUGUAUUGUUGUGGUUGACAUUAUAGACACUGUGCUGGAAAAUACCAGCAUUGCUUUAUUAAAUUGAUUGUGACCACAAUUAUUUUAAAUAAAGACCA